CUUCCAACCAGUUCCCGGCAGAGUAAAGCUUCCUGUCUUCUUCUUCUCCGCCGCAACAACACUUAAUGGAAUCAAAGAUAACAACCUCGUCUACCUCUUCAACUCCAAAAAACCCACCCUUCUGCUUGAAAUGGCCAUGGGAUUCAAACAAACAACCCAAAUCCUCAACCGUCUGCGACUUCCAAGGACCCUGGCUUUUCAGAUCUAUGCAAAGCGUUGGCUCAAUAGCUCUCACCUCCUUUAACUCAUUCGGGCUCGGUCUCAACCCAAAGAAGAAGCCUUUAAGCGCUUCAGAGCAAGGAGAAGCAGAGCAGAGAGCUUUCGCAGCUGCGUUAGCUAGCGAGAAAGAUGCGACUGUGCUUGAGUUUUACUCACCUAAGUGCAGACUCUGUAACUCUCUUCUCAACUUUGUUUUGGAGGUUGAGAAAAGGAAUUCGGAUUGGCUUAAUAUUACCAUGGCUGAUGCGGAGAACGAGAAAUGGUUUCCUGAGCUUCUUCAUUAUGAUAUAAAGUAUGUUCCUUGCUUUGUUUUGUUGGAUAAAAAUGGACAAGCUUUGGCUAAGACGGGUGUUCCGAGUAGCCGUGCUCAUGUUAUUGCUGGUAUCUCUCAUCUUCUUAAGAUGAAGCGCCCACCUACAGUAUGAGACAUGGUUGAUUACAUUUGAUGUAGACAAGUAACUUCGAGUUGUGGAAUGGUUUGUUACUGGUGUGCACCAAGUAUCCUUACUUUACUAAUGUUUGUGGAAGAUUAUGGUGAUAGUAGAUGUCUUUGUUGUACAGAUGGGUUUUCACUAUGGCUACUUUCUGUUGUCUCUUGUGUCACUUUGAAUGAUAAAGUAUUUGUGAGAUAUUACAGGUUAGUGGUUAUGUUUCCAACGAUGUAGUAGUGAGUCCUAAAUAGCUAUUCUCUCUAAAACCGUAUUUGGCACAGGUAGAUGCAGUUAUAGGGCAUGAAUG